AUGCCGUUGAAGAUUCUAACCACUCCUUCACCGGCUAAAGCUGGAACCAAGCGUGCCAUCGAGUUUCAAACCACUGGAACCAAGCGCGCGACUGAUAACAACGACACUGACUCUGACUCUUCUAAGCAUUUGAAGAAGAAAGCAAACAAAACUGAACAUCGUGGUUCCGGUGACGAGAAGGAAGCGGCAAGAGACUCUAUCAAAAAGAUGUUGGCUCAGAGACUAUUCAGCGAGGAAGACGAACUCGCCAUUCUAAAAGGUCUAGCUGAUUUCAUUUCCCUAACUAAAAAUGAUCCUAUGAAAAACACACAAGCAUUUUACAAUUUUGUGAAGAAAUCUAUUCGAGCAGACGCUAAAAAGGAUCAACUGAGGCGUAAGGUUCGUGUUCUGAAGAAAAAGUUUGAAAGCAAUGGUGAAAAUUUCACCAAAGAACAUGAUCAGAAAGCUUUUGAACUUUUCAAGAAGAUUUCUGAUCAAAAGCUUUCACCAUUGCUUACAAAAUUUAUCUUAUAUGUAACUUGUAUUUUUUUUUAA